CGGGGAAGUGUUAGAGAAUUGUCCCUGCCGGGGAGUCGUACAGGGUGAGGGGCGGAGGGAGGAAGUGUCAUGGUGUCCAAGAUCUUUAAGCUGGCAGCAUUGCCGGCCGGCCUGGCCCUCACCUCCUACAGCCUGUACGCGGUGUCUGACCGGGAGCCAAAAGGAAACCGUCUGAGUCCUCACCAGCUAUCGGUAUAUUCUGUUCCUCCCCGGGUAUCCAGGUUCAUUGAAGAAGAGCCGGGCCGUGUGCAGCACUCCGUCACUGCUGUGCGCACAACAUUAUCACCCAUUGUGACAUGGGGUCAGAGCGCCGGCGCCGCCGUUAAGAACGGAGUUGUGGAAGCGAUUCAGUUCACACAAGACAGUUACGUCUACCUAAAAAACCCGCCUCCAGAGUUCCUGCCGCGUUUGGGCGUCAUCACAAUCAGCGGAUUAGCAGGCCUGGUUCUGGCCCGCAGAGGAUCCAGGCUGAAGAAGGUUGUGUACCCCGUAGGCCUGACAGCGUUGGGUGUGUCGGUGUGCUAUCCGGCACAAGCCGUCAUAUUUGCAAAGGUAACGGGUAAAAAGUUGUAUAAUGCCAGUCAUUGGACGUAUGACUCUGUGAGCUCCCUAUGGCAGGCGAAGCCUCAGAAGGUGGAAAGCAGCCCGACUCCAGCAGAAGAGAAGGAGAAACCUCAGACAGAAGAGAAGACCGGCGAGACGGGAGCUGAGAGUACAGCCGGGGAACCAAUCGGAACAGAACACACAGACCCUCCGACCUCCCCUGAACCUGCGCAGCCUCCGAAUACACCAGAUGGCAGCACUGGAAGUGUCUCCCCAGCCGCAGUGAAGCAAUCUGUAUUUAUACCUCCCCCAGGCCUGACAGACCACGGACAGUCUAACCCGGAAGAUGUGGACAUGUACAGCACCAGAACCUGAAUAUCGCACUAAAG